GGAUACGGAUGGGGCAAAUUUUGCAGGUACCCUACCCGUUGCCAUCCCUACUAAACCCCCACCUUCACCUGGUAAAAUCUCCCCUGUUCUUCCCGGCCUUCCCGCCACUUCUCACGCCUCUGUUGCUCUCGCGCGCGCUUUCUCUCUCUCUCCAGUUGCUUCUUCACAGAGCCUUCUUUCCUCUCUCUCCCCCUCAUCCUAAGAUGCUGUGGGUGGACAAGUACCGGCCAAGAACCCUAGACAAGGUCAUUGUCCACGAAGAGAUCGCCGGAAACCUCAAGAAGCUGAUUUCGGAGCAGGACUGCCCCCAUCUUCUGUUUUAUGGGCCGCCAGGUUCGGGCAAGAAAACCCUAAUCAUGGCCUUGCUCAAGCAAAUGUUUGGCCCCGGAGCUGAGAAGGUGAAGUUGGAGAACAAGAUGUGGAAGAUCGAUGCCGGAACUCGGAAAAUUGAACUUGAGUUGACGAUGUUAUCGAGCACCCAUCACGUGGAGCUGAACCCCAGUGAUGCAGGCUUUCAAGAUAGGUACAUUGUUCAGGAGAUUAUUAAGGAAAUGGCAAGGAACAGACCUAUAGAUACUAAAGGCAAAAAGGGAUACAAAGUGCUCGUGCUGAAUGAAGUUGACAAGCUCUCAAGAGAAGCUCAACAUUCUCUCCGGAGAACAAUGGAGAAAUAUAGUGCAUCGUGCCGGUUAAUCUUAUGUUGCAACAGCUCUUCAAAAGUAACUGAGGCUGUUAGAUCCCGCUGUCUGAACAUACGGGUGAAUGCACCUACUGAAGAACAG